GUUGUGGCCAUCGCCUCCGCGUGUCUGUGUGUUUGGCGAGGGGCCCCGGGGUGGGCCUGGGCCGCGCAUUUUAGCCGCACUACCCACCAGGCGGCCCCCCUCGGGUGGGGGCGGGGGUAGGCGAAAACGCGCGUGGCCCCUUAUUGGCCGGCGCGCAGCCUGCUCCCCAGAUUUAGCCCCAGUUUCUAUACAAGACGGCCGCCUGUGCUUGCUCCUGGUGCGGGGCGCCGCUUGCGAAGAAGAAGGUAAUAGACGGAACGCAGGCGCGCCGCCUCGGGUGGAGCUUCAUCGCGCGGGCCCCG